AUGAAUAAUUAUGUCAAAAACAAUAAUUUGAUCGGAUUAAAUAAAAGGAAAGUAGUCCAACCAAGAUAUACGCAAAGUACCAAAAUACAGAAAACUUUUAAAUCAAACGCAAUACUACACAGUCGAUUUCUAGACAUUUUUGAAGUGAUCGAAUUCGAUCAUGUAUCGUGUUUCUCUGUUGAUGGCUUGGAAGGAACUUGCCUGCAUGAAUAUGACUGUCAAAAAAUUGGUGGAAUAACAAUGGGAACUUAUUGUGCUGAUGAUUAUGGAACUUGCUGUGUUAUUCUUUUUACAUGCGACGAUCGCUCUUCGUCCUCCACCGGAUGGUUUACUAAUCCGGGAUUUCCUACUCCAACUUCAGAUCGGCUUUCUUGUACUUUUACUUUAGACAAAUAUUCUGAACAAGUAAAGCAAAUACGACUUGAUUUUAUGAAUUUUGAGAUUUUACCACCUACAGCUGGAAUUUGUGAGCAAGAUCAGUUUUUUGUAACUGGGCAAAAUAUCAAUAGUGUAGUUCCCAUUCUGUGCGGUAUAAACACUGGGCAACAUAUCUAUGUGGAAGUUUCCGAAACAGAAGGCCCAAUAUUAUUUUCAUUCCAGACAAUAACCGAAGAAAAACGUUUGUUUUCCAUAAAGGUAACACAAAUUAUUUCGUCAGACACUCUGUGGGCUCCUUCAGGAUGUUUACAAUACUUUAAGGGGGACCAUGGACACUUAGAAUCAUUUAACUAUCGCGAGACAUCUGAAAUGGGAAUAAAAAUGUCACCCAGUUACAUGAACAAUCUUAAUUAUGCUAUGUGCAUAGAACGCGCAAAAGCCUCCUGCAGUAUAACAUAUAAUAAUUUUGGAGAUAUGCAAAUUGUCAACUACGAUACUGAAGGUCUUCCUAUAAUACCGCCUCGACAAGCCGGUGUUGAAAUAUUUGACUGUCCAAGCGAUUGGCUGCUUAUAUCUGCAGUGAGAUUAUGCGGUGAACGCCUUAACGACGGCUCAGUUUUUCAAGAUUUCGAGUCAGACGCCCCAGUGACAGACGAUGGAGCAGGACCAAUAGUAGUAUGGUUCAGAUCAGAUGGAAUUUACGCAGGACGUGGUUUUAAACUCAACUAUCAACAACACUCUUGUACUAAAUGAUAUAAUAAUUUAAUGAGAUUUAAAAAUAGUUUCUUUUAUGUACGAGCAUGAGACCACAUAUAUAUUUUCCAUGUGUUUGUAACCAGAAAUUACUAUUUCAAAGACGAAAAGGGCAUAAAAAUAAUAAAAUAAUUUUACUUCAAAAUAUAACAAAUUAUUUAUUUAUAUUUUUACAUAUUUUCUUUAAAUGCGUUUUUAUUUAUAAUAAGUAUACAAAACACCCUACUAACUACACAUUUAUUAUAAGUUCUUGACCUUCAAUAUGUAAUAAAAUUCAUAAAUAAAAAUAUUUAUGCCAUUUAA